AUGGGCUCGAAUCCUCUUGAGGUUUUUCAUACCUCAUCGAGGAUUAUCUACCACCAAAAGAUGAGACCUAAACCUGUUAAUCACCUCGAACGGUUCCCUCAUUUCGAAAUCAAUCCAGAAGAAUAUCAAAAAAUGAAAAAUUAUCACGUCGAGUCUCAUCAACCAUUCUCCGUCCUCCUUUUUGCUUUGUAUGUUAAUUUAUAUUUAAAUCAUAUUAAUUCAUAG